UAUGUACAUUUUUUUUAUGUAUAAAACCUGUAAAAGAAUUAUUUGAUGUCACUUACAUUUCGAUUUGUAAAUCAUAUAUUUGGAACAAAUGUAAAUGGUUUGAUAGUUAUUCAUUUAAUAACAAUUAUUAUUUAGAAAUUGUUUCUUUAUAUAUUACACAAUGUAUUCGUGGUCAUUUUAUGUCAUUUUCUUACAAUCAUUAAUUCAAACAUAUAUGAGACAAAAUCCUUAUUUUGUUCUCAGUUAUAUAUUUUUAUGUUACAUGCAAUUUAAAUUCAAAAGGUUAAUGAGAACAAAAAUUCAUUGCUUUACGUUAUUGGAUAAAGCUAUGAAGCAUUUGGUAAAUAAACAAAUUGAACAUGGUAAUAAUUACAUAGAUCCUUAUGCAUGCGUAUUAACAAACGUAGAUGGAAUUAAAGCAUCGAUACCAACUUGGUUUAAUCUAUGUUGCAAGUUAUCUUAUAAGAAGUAUAAAGUAUUAAUUGUACCUUUCAAAGACACAGAACAAAAUGUAAUUUAUGUUUCUGAAACUAUGCGACAUAAUUUAGAAAAUUUGUUUGAUCGUAUAGAUUUGAAUGAUAAACUUUUCCUUGUUCCUACAAUAGAUAAUAUCAUUAACUUUGCGAGCGAAGCUAAAGUUUCGUUAAUUUCUAAUCCUUAUGAUUGUUCAACUAACUUAAUAGAUGUGUUGUUAAAAAAUUAUUUUUCCAAACCACGCUUUUUGAGGUGGAAAGAUGUAUUCAGUAUCAAUGUAAAAGAGUAUGCAAAGGAUCAUAUAUAUUCUAUUAAUCAAAUACCGUCUAUGGUAUAUUUUAAAAUCAUAGCUCAAAAACUUGGUAAUGAUCUGAUCAGCAAAGGCUGUUUUAUCGUGCAAGGAGAAACAUCACUUAUACAAGUUAAUAAUAUCCAAAGUUAUUUUCCUUGUAAAAAAAGCUACUUAUUACUGGACAAAUUAAUUACAAAAAUAGAUUUGGAUUAUAAUUAUUAUCUCGAAACUUAUCCGCCAACUUUGAUAGAAUCUUCCAAUUCUUUGAAAGAUUGUAUUUUACCGUUCAUAAACUGUGAUAUCCAAUUACACGUAAAACCUGUGUUUCUUCUGACGGGUUCACCGGGUUCUGCAAUUAACGAAAUAGUAAAAAUAACUUCGGAAAUAACGGGCUUGCAUUUACUCAAUGUAGAUUUUUCAGAAAUUCAAACUUUAAUAUCAGCGCAAACCGAAGCAAAAUUACGUAUUUUGAUACACAAUGCCAAUAAAUGUGCACCAUGUAUAAUUUGCUUGAACAAUAUUCAGGUAUUCGGUAAAACGUUUGAAGGAAAGAAAGACGAAAGAACUGUAUCGUCUUUCGUAAAAGAAAUAAACGAUCUUUACAGUAAAACUUUAAAUUAUCCAAUUAUAAUAAUAGCUACUUCGGAUGGGUCUGAAAUUCCUGGCGAAUUAUAUAGAAUAUUUACUGAAACUAUUACAUUGAAAAGUUUGGAUCGUCAACAGCGAAUGGACAUUAUAAAAUGGCAGUUAUCAUGUCAAAGAAUAAAUUACGAUGCAGAUUUAUUAAAAAUAGCUGAAUUGUGUUCUGAUUUUCAAUAUAAAGAUUUAGUAACUUUGACAUUGCAUGCUAUAAAAAUAUAUUGUAAAAGAACUAAGCAAUGUUCUGAGAAUACCAUAACGUUAACAAAGGAUGACUUUGUUAAAGCUUAUGAAUAUAUACAAUCGAUAAAUAUGGAUUGCGAAGGAAUGCCACGUAUACCGAAAGUACAGUGGAAGGAUGUUGGUGGCUUAGAAGAUUUAAAACACGAGAUCAUUCGUAGAAUUCGCUUACCCCUAUUGAAUAAUUUUGGCUUUGGACAAUCUGGUAUACUUUUAUAUGGUCCACCCGGAACAGGGAAAACUCUUAUUGCUAAAGCAGUUGCAACAGAGUAUCAACUUCACUUUUUGUCCAUUAAAGGUCCCGAAGUUUUAAAUAUGUAUGUCGGACAAAGUGAAAAGAAUGUUAGACAAGUAUUUGAAAGAGCACGUUCUGUAGCACCAUGCAUCAUUUUCUUUGACGAGUUAGAUUCGUUGGCUCCUAAUCGCGGUAGAAACGGAGACAGCGGUGGCGUCAUGGAUCGUGUCGUUUCUCAAUUGUUAGCAGAAAUGGAUGGUCUUGAAAAAGCAAGUAAUAUUUUUAUUAUAGGUGCUACAAACAGACCAGAUUUAAUCGAUCCGGCUUUACUUCGACCUGGUAGAUUUGAUAAAUUAUUAUACGUUGGAAUCCAUUCGAAUUUUGAUUCUGAACUUAAUGUCUUAAAAGCAUUAACGUAUAAAUUUACAUUUUUAAAUAAUGGAAACGAGUUGAUGCAACUUAAAAAAGAUUUACCCGUUAAUCUUACCGGUGCUGAUUUAUAUUCUAUUUGUUCCAAUGCUUGGCUCAAUGCUGCACGUAGGACUCUUAAUAUUAUCAAUAAUAAGCAGGAUAAUACUACAGCAAACAAGAAUGUUACAAAUAUUCUUGAACAAUUUAAUCAUGUAAUUGUUGAACUAUCAGAUUUUCAACAAGCGAUACAUAAUUGGAGUCCAUCUGUUAGUAAAGAAGAAAUGCGAAGAUAUGAAAAAAUGCAAAAGGAAUUUUCUUCCAGAUAAACUCAGACUCUCAAUAUUUUAAGAUAGAUUUUGUACAUAUGUAUAUAUUUAAAAAAAAUAAUAUAUUUAGCAAUACUUAACUAUAUAUAUAUAUUUUCUAUUUAAUAUUCUAAACAUAAGGUUGUACUCUAAUAAAUUCUACAGAUAGAUAUAAUACAUGGCCUUUAUAUAAACGGUAUUCUAUUUUUAUUUCAAGAAAGAUAGUAAAACAAUUUUUAUACAGAGUAAAUAAUGAAAUAAAGGAAAAACUAUCUACACAUUCUAUUCUAAAUAUUGCACCAAUUGAUUAAUUUUUAACGCUAGUGCAUCAUAGAGAAUAAAAAGAAUAUUCGGAUAAACUACUUUUAUGGAUCAUGAAAUUGUCUACUUUGCCAAUAAGAUAUUACGUACACGAUACAGCGAGAUAAAUAUACAAUAUAGAAAAAUAGGGCAGCUAAACUUACCAAGUCUAUCUAAAAAGACGUAUAUAUAAUUUAAAGAUAGUGAUUGCCGCGUGAAUUUACUUCAAACACAUUCAAUAUUUUAAUGCGAUAUGUAAUUAUGAAGUAAUUGUUUUUUUUUUCUCUUAAAGAUUGCUUUCAAACGUGUUAUAUGUGUGUAUCUUAAAAAAAUUCAAUGUGUCGUCUGGGCAAAUGAUUACGUUACAAACGUUGCAUAUAUCAAUUUUAUCUUGAAAAAUCGCACACGGAAAUUUAGAUUUAUUGUUUUGUAAAUAUAAUAUUCAAUCCAGUUGCGUCUUCGUUCGAGUUCAAAUAUAAUCCAUGAUGUAAUCUUUGGCAUUAUCGUGAGGUAGAUUUUUAUGGCGUAAAAGGAUGAAUAUUUAUAUGCAUAAGAGUGAAACAAAACUUGUUUACCUUUGAUGCAAAUAAUUUUGUCUUUUUUUUUUAAUCUUCUUUUUGUUUUUCUUUUAUAGUAAAAGCACUUUUCGUAUCUUAGUAUCAUAAGAAACUUGGUUGAAGAAAGCGCGUACCAGUUUAUAUUUAUCGUGCCAUUUACUUUAAUAAUUUAUAAAGCGACAUUAUUUUAUUUUUUAUUUUUUUUUUUGGGUGGGGAGUUUUCUUUUUUCUUUUUAUAUAUAAUUGGUACAUGGUCAACGUGUAUAGAUAUGAAUGUAGAAUGAUGUGUAGGACAAGCUCUAUAUAUAA